UGUUGUGGUUGACGGUUCACUUCCUGCUUUGCACUGUGAAAUCAAUAAACUUCAGCACAAAAGUAGGAAAAGCGAGGAUACCGAGGAUCUGUCAGCAUAGUAGCUGUCCUGCUGAAUGAAGACAGUCCGUUACAUUUCCACCCGGGGCUGAUUCCUGUCUCCAAGAGGGGAUCCAACAUGGUGCACGUCUACAACUGCCAUCCUUUCGCCUCACAGCAGAUAGUACAGGUGGAGCAGGAGCCUGGACUGGUCUGCUGUGGAGGGGGAGCUCUGUUUGUGGUGGCGACUGGAGGAUGCAAGGUGGAGGCUUACAAUGUGGAGCAGGAGGGCUGCCCUUUCAUCUGUCGCUUUGCCACCAUGGGCACUGUGAAGAGCAUCCAGCACAGCAAGAUGGGAGAUUACCUGGUUACCAUUGAGGAGAAGAACAGUGCCACUUACCUGAGAGCCUACACCAACUGGCGUUAUCAGGCGGAGGGGAAGGCCCGGGUCGGGGUGCGUUUGUUGGGCCACCUGCUGCGAGGUGCGUCUAUGCGGGGCGGGGUGCAGAUGGAGAUCAUCGAGAUCCCUCUUUCAAAGCGCCCUGUUGCCGUGGCAUGUUGUCCGGUGACAGGAGACCUUCUGGUCGGCUGUGAGGACACGCUGGUCUUGUUCGCCUUGAGGAGACAGAACCAGCAGAGCCUGAAUCAGAGUCAGCAGAUCCUUCAGAGCACCUCGCAGAACUCCAGUCAGAAUCAAGCUCAGUCUCCAAGUCCAAACCAGAAUUUCCUGGAUUUUGAACGCUCAGUUAUCCUGCAUCUCCCAAAGAUCGAGCCCAAACAGGUGGCACUGUGUGGAGGUUAUGUGGCAGUGCAGAUGGAGCUGGAGGUGCUGGUUUUGAAACUGGAUGCAUCUUCUGAUCCUAAAACCCAGGAGGAAUCAUCAGACACAAAGAAAGAUCAUAUAGAUGACCAGGCUGACUUCAUGGUCCUUCCGAGACACCAGGAGUUGCUGGGUGAUGUAGCUAAAGACUGUGACAUUCCUGUCAGCAUUGAGAAUACCGGGCUGGAGGACGGAAAAGGACAAUACACGCUAUCAUAUGUUCUCUUCAGGCGUUUCACUCCAGACUUCUUCCAGGGCUGCAGUGUGGAGGAAACUCAACUCCACUCACUGCAGCUUUACCCACUGUACACCAGUAACCAAUCCGUGCCUCUGGAAGAACCAGCAUGUGUCUUCUGCUUCUUCUCUCUCCCAAACGCUGGCUACCUGUACAGUCUGAAGGGUGGUGUCGAGCUUCUCUCCACCUAUCAGUAUCCAGAGAAAGUCCUGAAGGCGGUGCUAACGGACCACCUGCUGCACGUCAUUACAAAGAGUGCAUUGCAGUGUUUCACAGUGCGCUGUGCAGCAGUAGCAGCCAGGAUUGUGGACCCUUACAUCGACACCACCAUGAAGGCCUGUCCGCCCUGCAGCAUGGAGGUGUGUGCGCUCAGGAUUCAGCUGUUUAUCGGUCUGCGAUCAGUGUGUGUCUACGGCCGCCAUGUCAUCCUGCUCUCUGCCGCUGACACAGAGACACCAGAGGAACCUGAACGCACCCCGCAACGCAGACGCCUCAAGUUGAAAGAACACACCUUGCUGACUGGUAUUUUCUUGGCGGUGGGAAUCGAUCCCGCAACCACACCGGCUCUGGAGAGCUUUCUAUCACGGCCCUUCCUGAGCAGGAAAUGGACGAUCUCCUCUCCCAAAGAAACCAGCCCAGCAGGACACGGGUGGAACCUCUAUGUGGUCGACAGCGUCAGCCCCCUCACUCUUUACCAAGAGAUGGUCGAAUACAGCGAGCGGUACGCAGAGACCAACCCGCAGGCCCAAAGCCUUCGGCACCUCCUGAGUGAAGCUCACCUCUUCCUCCGUGCCUCCUUACUCAGGACAGAGCCUUCAGAGCAGCCACGAAACAUCGAGGGUGAAGCCGCCGUGACUCUGCAGACAGAUACAGACGCACCAGCUGAUAGACAGACAGCUGCACAGACAGACAGGCAGGAGGUGGAGGAGGCACUCAGGCACAACUGUGCACAGCUGGGAGACUGUUUCAGCAGGGGCAGUCAGAAGGACUGCCACCUGGCCUUGCCGUACUACAGGAUGUCCGGUCUGUCAGUCACAGAAGUCAUGGCCAGAAACCGCCCACUUCCCAGCAGCCCUCACACCUACGGCCCUGGCUUCCUGUUUUACCUGAAGCAUUUCCUGUUUGAAGAAACAGAGCAGACUCUCAGCCAGGAGGCAGCUGAUGAGGUCAUAGACAUUUUAAGCAAAUCAGAGCCCUCACAGCUCGUCAGUGUGUGUGCCAGCCCGUCCAUGAUAAACCUCAGUCCCGCCAAGACGCUGCAAAUCCUAAUACAUCAGGAGGACACGUGUGGUGUGUCUGUUCUUCUCACAAUCACCAUGGCAACCAUGAUGCUGUGUUUGGACGACCUGCCACAGUACACACAGCUGAUGGAGAGACACGCCGAGAUGCUGCUGGUGUACAGGUUCAUCGAGGAGCCCAGGCUGCUGCUGCAUGGCGGAGUUGGAGGCCAGCACACACACAUCCGUCCCACACGACUGACCCGACAGCUGGCAAAGUCCCAACCAGGACUGCUGGUGGCUGCCAUGGUGGCUUUACAUGAAAACAGCAAAGUUCAGCUGGAACAGGCUGAUCACAUAUUCAAGGAGCUGGGCUGUGAGAACUGCUUGCAGGUGGAUUUCUGGGAGGCGAUGCUCAUGGCCUCCUCACAAGAAGCUGUCAUCCAGGAGCUCCUGUUCCGACUUGUGUCCAUCUAUAUUGACCGACUCACAAACACAACUUCCGAUACACACCUCAACGAACCACACACACCUUCAAGACGAAGGCCGUUGAAGAGCGCUGACGAUCUGAUAAACUCGUGCUCUCAUUACGGUGCUCUCUACCCGUGGCUCACUGUUCUCAAUCCAGCUCACACUACCAGCUCCCAACACCAGGAGGCGCUGUACAAACUACAGUCUCUACUGUGUGGUCCGUCUCUAUCUGUGGGCUCCGUCGUGCCUCUGAUGGAGCGUCUGUCAGAGGAAACUUUGUGGGGCUUCAGCCUGCACCUCCUCUGCUCCACCAGGAGGGGGCAGUAUGACCGUAGCAUUGAGAAGCUGCUGGACCGAUGUCCUCAAGCCAUCAUAGCCUAUGCCAACCACCAGUUACAGGACAUACAUAUGAUGUUGUGGUGGCAGAAGCUGCUCCCUGAGCUUUGUAACAGGACGAGAGCUGCUUCGGACAACAGCAUCCUAUUGGCAGCCCUCAAAGAGACGCUGGUUGUGGUUGCCAUGGAAAUGAGUCCAACAGACUUUCUGGAGCUGAUACCUGACGACGGGACGGCCUCCUACUUCCUGCCUUACCUGUUGAGCUGUAGCCAGAGACAUUUAAUGGCCUGAGACACACACACACACACACACACACACACACACACACACACACACACACACACACACACACACCUCACACUGUACUUAAAUAUACAAGGACAAAGGUGUCAGUUGUUCAUUCAAACUGAUACAUAGAACAACUAUAUCCCAUUGUUUGCUGUUGAACUGCUGCACCGAAGCAAAUUGCGGGUUGAGUUUUUCCGUUGCUGUAAACGGUCCUAACACUGGAGUGAAAGGACAACCUGGCAACAAAGAAAACACAAAGCUGUCUCUAGUCUCUAAUGUUGUGACAAGCUCUGUUUGUCAUCAGACAAUCAUGUACAGGUUUUUGCAUGUUUACUUGACCAACUUUUGAUAUAUAUAUAUAUAAAGCAAUUCAUAUGGAUGUUUUAUCUGCGUUUUUAACUUAAUAGAACAAUAAAAUACUGUAUGCUGGAAACACAAGACCAGACUAUAGUUUAUAAAGCAGACCCUGCAGAGAAGAUAGAAAUCAUGCUUUCCAAUUUUGAGUUUUGUUUGUCAUUGCGUGUUCAUUUUUGUUACAAUUUUAAAGAUAUGUAUCUAAAAGUGGUCUUUAGGCUUUAUGUUGCCAUACAAAUGUAAUGUGUUGCUACUAACAUUUUAUUUGAUAGAGUUUGUUGUCCUAACACUAGUGCCUAAAUGCCUAAAACCUGGAAGUCACUUGGUUUGAACUAGUUAAAAGCUGCAAGAUUGUGAUUUUAUUUUUCAUGAAUUGUAGAAGUUUUUACUUGCUGGUCACUCAAAUAGAAAGUAGUUUGAAUAUAUCAGUCCACUUUUGAUUUGUUUUAAUUGUGUUUCACUCACAACUUCCUCAUUUGGUUAACUCAACUAUGUGUGCUGCUCCCUUAGUUGACACAUGAUCAUAGAUUGUUGAGUGUGGUGUGUGUCAUAACAGCUUCACCAGAGACAUGAGGUGUGACUUUGAUCAUAUUGACUCAGAUUAGAUAGUAUAUCACUAUGCUGUGUAACUGCUGCUGCUGAAAUCUGCAUACUUUAUCAAGGUUUGUUUAGCAAUCAUUAAACCGGCCUGAUGUUUUUAGCCGUGGAUUCAAAGACAUUUAUUCUUUAAUGGACGAGCAAAGACAAUACACAUAGAUCCUAACAUAUUUGUGUUUUAAUUGUAUAAGCAUUAAGUAUUUUGUAACUUGGAUUAUUGACAAUGGAAUUUACUAAAAUCAAAAGUGACUCAAUCAUGAUGUUGAUGAUUAAACAGGCCAUGAGUGAUAUGUGAA